UUCGAAUUCUUCAGCAUGUGAAAUUCGCAGUCAAUUUGCCUUUUCUUUUUCCUGCAAUUCUAGCUUGUAAAGUCAGCCAAGCCAUGGAGCUUCGUGCUGCUGCUUGCUCCUAGGCUUUGCUGAACUCCAGCCCUCCGAGGAAGAUUCCCUGGAGCUGAAUCUAUAUAUCUCGGAAAUUACGAACAACAUAGAUUUAUAUCCCCUGUGCACGCAGUGAAUACGUUGUAUAUCCAGAAAAAAAAAUAAACUCUAACGUUCCCCGGAUUUUCCCCGAUCAAGGAAAGUAGUUGAUCUUAACCUGCACAGAGCAUCAGUUCCAGACGCAAGAAUGGCUCACAUACUUGACGACAAGUCUCAAUACUGCAUUCCGUUUCUUCUGGAGAAAUUGAACGUACACGAGCAGAAACAUGUAGGAGAUUCGAGUCCUCCGCCUUUCUUUGUCGGACUCAACGGUGUCCAAGGUGCGGGGAAGACAGCGCUGGUCACCCUCCUCCGCUCAACUCUCUCCUCCCCGCCGUACAAUCUCACCACGAUAACCUUUUCUCUGGACGACAUCUAUCUCAACCACGCCGACCAACAACAACUGGCGUUGUCACACCCCUCGAAUCCACUCCUCCAACACCGCGGCCAGCCCUCCACCCACGACAUUCCACUUGGCCGCCAGGUCUUCGAUUCCCUCCGCCAGGGCUUACCCACCAAGAUACCCGCAUAUGAUAAGUCAGCAUAUAGCGGCCAGGGCGACCGUCUACCCGAAAGCGAAUGGGAGGUUGUCAAUGACGUUUCGGCUGGUCAGAAACGAGUUAAGGUGGUGAUAUUCGAAGGCUGGUGUGUGGGGUUUCGAGCACUACCGGAAGAGAAAUUGCUCAAGGCUUGGGAGGAUGCCGUGCAAUUGCGGAUGAGAGGCCUAGAUGGUUAUAUGGGGCGAUUAGGAUAUGUGAAGUUCGAGGAUGUGAAAGCUAUUAAUGACGCAUUGAAGGAGUAUGAUGCUUUUACUGAUCAGCUAGAUGCGUUCAUACAUAUUGAUGCCGAGGACACCCAUUUCGUCUAUGACUGGCGCCAGGAACAAGAGCGCAACCUACUCUCCACCAAGGGCGCCGGAAUGACUGUCGAGCAGGUUAACAAAUUUGUGGAUGGCUACUACCCCUCGUACGAACUCUUCACGCCAACUCUUCGCACAGGGGUUUUCGUGCCCAAACACAAACCCGAGCAGCAGCGUGGUUCGGCUGGCGACGACUGCUCGUGGAAGGGCAAACAACUACGGCUAACUGUAAAUCGGCAGAGGAAGGUUUGUGAUGUAGUUAGGAUAUGAAAGUUUUUGUAUUUAGGGGGGUAGACUGAACCGAUUGGCCUUGGCAGCGACUCUGGUGGGAAGCAGAUAGAUAUAUUUAAAAUCUACGGAGGCAAAAAAAUAUGAAAUGGAUUGAGGAUAGAAAAAAUAAACAACAAAAAGGACCAAAAAAGAAAAUGUAACAAGUUCAGCUCCAACCCUGAUUCGAACAAGGGACAUUGCGAUCUGCAAUCGCACGCUCUAACCGCUGAGCUAUUGGAGCAGUGUUCGGUAGACUUUUAAAGUUACU